AUGCCAUCCGGAUCCGACGCUUUCGUCUUGGUCAAGAACCUUACCGGCUUGACGUUUUCCUUGAAGAAGCGCUUCGAUCAAGAUAGCUACGAGAUCGUCAAAGGCAAGCGCCUGUUUUCUUCGUUUGGAUCGUACGAGUUGGCGCCCAAGACUCAAGUGGUUCUCUCGGAUCCUUAUGCGGUCAAGGUGCUGAAGCCGCAGAGCGAGAGCGAGAAGCUCUCGCCACGAGACCGGGAUCAUUUGACAGGGAUCCGGGUAUACUACGAGGAUUCCUCCGACUGGCCAAGUAAUCGAGAUUCUUCUUCCUUGGAGGAGGAGGAGGGAGAGUUGGACUCGAUUUCGCGGCCGGUGAUGCUAGCGACGUUUGGGCCAGAUGUCCGGAUCCCCGGGUCGACGGGGCUGAGUAUUGGGAAUGGAGCCUUAGAGGUCGUCGGCUUGAACCCGCCGAACGAGUACGGCUGCGAGCCGAUCACUCAAGAGCCGGUUGUUGUUCACAAGAAGGAGCGCCCGGAGGACGUCAAUGGCAAGGUCGUCCUCGUCAAACGCGGCCAAUGCACGUUUGCCGAUAAGGUCCAGAACGCGCUCUUGGCCGGCGCUAAGGCACUCAUCGUCGCUAAUCAGGACGAUACUCUCUUGAUUCCGACCUCCGAUCGGAUCCAUACUAGGGACCCAAAGGAGGACUUGUCGUCGACUUCCUCCUCCGCCUCCGACUCGGCAGCUGAUGAUCAAGAAAGCUCCUCUGAAUCUAAUCAUAGAUCGAGCUUGGGGUCGGAUGGCGACCAGGACCUAUUGAACCUCAAGCUCCAAUCGAUCCCGCUCUUGUUCUGCACCCUCGAAACCGGAAGAUCGAUCGGCCAGCUCUUGGCUAACCGCUCGUCCCCGCCUCCUCCGACUCCUUCAUCGUCCCAACAUCCCCGCUCCAAAAAACUGCUGCUCGAAAUCGUCGGGAACCCCCUCCACUUGCUCGAUCAUCAUAUCUCUCAAACCUCGACGAUGACGCAUCCCCAGUUCGUCGUCAUUAAUGGUUAUAAAUUGGCUAAUUUACAGUUGAAAUUUGUUUAGCCCUUCUUCUUUUUUUUUUUUUUGUUUCCUCCUCCUGCUUCGCCUCCUCCUCCUUCGCUUGAUUUUCCUGAUGUUAUGCUUUUUUUUUUCUCUGGUCUUAUCGGCUUUUUUUUUUUUUUUUUUUUUUUUGGUGGGUUGG